CAGCAUACGUUCUUCUUGCUUUCUUACUUUAAUAAUGGAUACACUUAUGAUGAGCGCCAAUGGGACUCUCUUCGAAUUGCAGUGCCCAACAAUGGUUUGCUUAGUGUGGAUUUCUAUCCCCCCAUCAACACCAAUGCAUCUUCCUUAAGCAUGAAUGCUGAAUUUAGAGGAUUUGAUUACAAUCUUGAUAAUGUUGAAGCAGCAAUGUCACCAAGUAACAGCUUCAUUCAAGUGCUGUUGAGAACUGAAAACCCAACUGUUGAUAAAGAAGUUGAGUUGGAAGUGAAUGCUAUGGAGCCUUUAUCUCAACUUGAAUAUGAGGUUUUAGGACGUGGAGACAUUGUGUUGGCUGGUGCUAUUGAUGUUCCUAAUGUUAAAACCUACAGAUUCUACAUACCUGUUACUCACAAAAUGGCGCCCAAAGCAAGGAUUGUUGUUUUUUAUGUUAGACCUGAAAAUAAUGAAAUUGUCGCUGAUGCUGUGAAUUUUGAUGUAUCUGGAACAUUCAGAACUCCGGUCAGUAUCAAUACUAAUGCUAAAGAAACAAAGCCUGGUGCUCCAGUCAAUGUGACUGGAGCAACUAAACCAAAUGCCCUUGUUGGUCUCCUUGGAAUUGACCAAAGUGUUUUAUUACUUAAAUCUGGCCAUGACAUUACUCAGAAUGAUGUCAUUACUGAAUUAGAAACCUAUGAUGGAGGAAAAAAGAGGUAUCAAUAUGGUCCAUAUUAUCGCAAAAAGAGAUCUUUGUGGUGAUCUACAACUGCUCAUGAUGUAUUUGAUGUAAGAGCAAUAGAAGAUGAAUUAAAUGCUGUUGACACAAUGCUUUAUGAUCAUGGCAAUGGAAAAGGAUCUAAACCGAGAGUUCGAAAACAUUUCCCUGAAACUUGGAUAUGGGAUCUCUUGCCUGCUGGAAAUGAUGGCAAAUUAUCACUUGUGAAGAAUAUCCCAGACACCAUCACAUCAUGGGAAAUCAGUGCUUUUGCUAUGGAUCCUGUUAAUGGUUUAGGAAUUGCACCAGAUACUGCAAAGGUAUAUAUUUUCAACUUAAUACCACAUUUUUUUGCUUUUGAACAUCGAGAUUUGUUAGGUCCUACUGUUAAUAAUUUAGAUAAACUGCUUAGAAUGCCUCAAGGCUGUGGUGAGCAAAAUAUGCUGAAUUUUGUAUGAAACAUUGUUAUUACUAAAUACUUAAAACGAGUUAACAGACUGACUCCUACAAUACAGAAGAAAUCUCUGAAUUUUAUGGAAAGUGGUUACCAAAGAGAGUUGACAUACAGAAGAAAUGAUGGUUCUUUCAGUGCUUUUGGAAAUAAUGACAAAAAUGGAAGUACAUGGCUUACAGCAUUUGUAGUUCGAUCAUUCCACCAGGCUAAAGAAUUUAUGGAAAUUGAUGAUGGUGUAAUGACUUCUGCAUUAGAAUGGUUGUCCAAACAGCAAAAAUCUGAUGGUUUGUUUGAUGAACCAGGAGAAAUUCAUCAUAAAGCAAUGCAGCAUUUGCUCCUAAUUUUCCAAAUUGAUACCAUCCACUGGCAAAAACCAAAGGACAACUCAAUGCCUUACUAUGAGCCUCAAUCCCAAGACGUAGAGAUGACUGCUUAUGCCUUGUUGACAUACUCUGUGCGAGGAGAUGUUGCCGGAGCCUUACCCAUUCUUAGGUGGAUGAUCUCCCAGCAAAAUGAGUAUGGAGGCUAUUCUUCCACUCAGGACACAGUCGUUGGUAUCCAAGCCUUGGCUUCUUUGGGCGUCAGACUUGCUUCAGCUUCAAUAUCUAUUAACAUCUCUUACAACUUCAAUGAUAUGCAGAAAACAUUAAGCAUUAAUUCUGAUAAUGCCAUGGUGCUUCAAAAUGUUAUUUUACCUUCUGAUGUCAGAUCUGUUGCUCUUCAAGCUGAAGGUUUUGGAGUUGGUCUAGUUCAGGUCACAUGGUCAUACAAUGUUGCUGUUACUGAUGUCACUCCAGCUUUUUCAUUAAAACCUGAUUUGGGCAAAGCCUUCACCGGUGAUUACAUGGAGCUAGAUAUUUGCACUCGCUACAAAGAGAGUGGAGCUAGUAAUAUGGCUGUAAUGGAAGUUGGUCUUCCUUCUGGGUUUGAGGCUGAUACAGAAAUUUUACCCAUGAUAAAGAAUUUAGACAAAUUAAUGAGAGUUGAAACAAAUGAGGGUGAUACCAAUGUUGUCAUAUACUUUGACAGGAUUGACAAUGAAGUCUGUGUUCAUGUCCCUGCUUUUAGAAGUCACAAAGUAGCCAAUCCUAAACCUGUCCCUGUUAAAGUGUAUGAUUAUUAUGAUUUAUCCAAAAGUGCCAGAAUGUUUUAUGAAUCAAAGUCUGUUACACUGUGCGAAGUCUGCGAGAGUGAAGAUUGUGGCAGUAAAUGCAACGAGCUUACAGAUGGUGUAAAUGCAUCUUCAACACCCAUAUACAACUUAUUCCUGAUUGCAUUGGCAGCUAUGUUUACCUUUCAAAUUGCAAGAGCUAAUAAUUGAGGUGAUUAAAUUGUUGACUUGAGCCAUACAGCUGCAAUAAUGACAAAGCUUUUUUUAGCUAGAGUGGGAUGUGUGUAUGAUCUGAUAUGGUGAUAUUUUUUGUAUAGUUACAUAACGACAGUGCCUACCGAGGAACUUCGGUAGGCACUUCAGAUUUUAUGAAAGUUUAGCUAUCGUCAAACUAUUGAUAGAACUACGAAAAAGCUCAGUGCUUGGUCAUUAACUUGUGGAUUGUCAUCACUACUGCUUUUAUCGAGUUUUCUUUAAAGUUCAUAAUAUCUAAUGCUAACAUUCCAUACUUUGUGUUAGAUCUUGGAAUAUUUCAUAUGUGUUGUCUGAUUUUCCUUUGCAAUUAAGAUAAUUUAUUCAUAUUUUUUUAAAAAUAACUAUUGCAUUCAUCAGCAUUUGUUUUUGUUAUAAACCUUGAGUUAUUACUCUUAUUAUUCUGGUGCAUUUUGAUCUUAAAUAUUUUUAUAAUUUAAAUCUUUUUAUUAUUUAAAGUUAAAUAAUCAUUUGUUGCUCGGCUUUCUCUAGUCAUCCGUGCAUAUUUUGACACCAGACAAAUAAAUCAAGGUUUAGUUUUUCUUAGAUAUUUUGUGAAAUUUAAUUUUAAAAUAGGCAGUUUUAUUAAGUAUUCUACAUCUGGAAUUCAGCCAAAUUUUUUAAAAUAUCGAUGCAAUUAAAAAUUUAUGUUAAAUCCGAUUUUAAAUCAACAUAAUAUAUUUUUCUGGAAAAAUUGUUAAUUUAUGCCAAUGAACUUUAAUCAUAGAAAGUUUUAAUCCUAAAAACUUAAAUUUUAAAUUGUUGUAUUGUACUUAAAUUUUUAAAAAUUACAUUCUUGUCCAUAGCUUAUGUGCAAUCUCCCAAUUUUUGUACUUUAUUAUUCUUGGGAAUUUUAAACAAGCGUCUGUACAAUGUCCUUUCUUUUUUAAGCAUUAAAUGUGUGACUUUUAUAAGAAGACAUUGAAUAUAUUUUAGCUUGUCAUUUUCUUUUAAUAGUCAAGGUUUUCUUAUUCUAAAAAUAAUACUAAUUGUUGCAAACAAAACCAAAUGUUAUUGAGAACAUAACUUUUAAAUAUCAAUGAACAGUUUGUGGGACUAAUUGGCAGCUUUAUUUGUAGAGACAAAUUUCACUUGUUUUCCAUUUUAGUGUAGAUGAAUGUGCAAAUAAUUAAGAUGAGCUAUAUCAUUGUCAUCUUCAACUGUGAUAAACUAAAAACCUUUAUUUUCAUACUCAAACUGUUUCAAUAUAAAUUUAAAAUUUUAGCCAAAGAGAUCUGGUUUUAAAAUUAUAAAAUUGUUUAUGUUUUGACAUUAAAGUUCAUUUAAACUGUAUAUUUGCUGUUUCAUAUGCCUUUAAAUAUUUCAAAAAGUGAUUUGUAAUAAAAUUUUUAUUAAAACAGUU